ACCCCGCCUCCCUCCCUUUUCCAAGACUGCUCGCUCCUAUAAACAUUGCCACCAUGUACCGUUCCAAAUCUUUCUCGCAGAGAGAACCAAAGCCCCUAGAAAAAAAGCUCUCUUUGCUUCGGGAGGAGAGGCUUUCUUUAUAGGGAACCCAUUAUCCAUCGCAAACCCAAGAUCUCUCAAGGAAGCAAAAAGAUCAAAUAAGACCCAGAAAAUGGAUUCACCCCAAGCGAGAAAAACAGGGCUUAAUCUCCCACCUGGGAUGUCCCAGACAUCGCUGCGCCUCGAGACCUUUUCGGGUCCUUUUCGUGCGGCGUCGAACUUGGGAUCGCCUCGAACGAUAUCGAACUUGUCUUCCCCCUCGAAAUCGAAAUCUUCCAUGUGUAGUGACAGAUUCAUACCCUGCAGAUCGUCGUCGAGGCUGCACACAUUCGGGUUAAUCGAGAAGGCGUCACCGGUUAAAGAAGGCGGAAACGAGGCAUAUUCGAGGUUAUUGAGAUUGGAACUUUUCGGGUCUGAUUUUGGGUCUUUUUCUCCUGCAGGUCCUGGGUCGCCGAUGAGUCCCAGCAAGAACAUGUUGCGGUUCAAGACCGAGGUCUCGGGGCCGAAUUCUCCUUACUCUCCUUCGGUGUUGGGCAACGAUAGUGGGUUCUCUUCCGAGACUUCUACACCUCCCAAGCCACCUCGUAAGGUUCCUAAGACCCCACACAAGGUUCUAGAUGCGCCAUCACUUCAAGAUGACUUUUACUUGAACCUAGUGGAUUGGUCCUCUCAAAAUGUCCUGGCAGUUGGAUUAGGCACCUGUGUAUAUCUGUGGAGUGCUUCAAACAGCAAAGUAACGAAGUUGUGUGACUUGGGACCUAACGAUGGUGUGUGUUCGGUCCAAUGGACCCGAGAAGGUUCAUACAUAUCUAUUGGUACAAAUUUUGGUCAAGUUCAGGUCUGGGAUGGGACUCAAUGCAAGAAAGUCCGAACCAUGGCUGGGCAUCAAACAAGAACUGGAGUCCUGGCUUGGAAUUCACGCACAUUAGCUUCUGGAAGUAGGGACCGCAACAUACUUCAACAUGAUCUUCGGGUUCCAAAUGACUUUGUUGGCAAGCUAGUUGGUCACAAGUCUGAGGUAUGUGGGCUAAAAUGGUCCAAUGAUGACAGGGAACUUGCAUCUGGUGGCAAUGAUAAUCAGCUACUGGUCUGGAACCAGCAUUCUCAGCAACCAGCUUUGAGAUUGACAGAGCACACAGCUGCUGUCAAGGCCAUUGCUUGGUCUCCCCACCAAAGCGGCCUUCUUGCAUCUGGAGGUGGAACAGCUGAUCGAUGUAUUCGCUUCUGGAACACCACAAACGGCCACCAAUUGAACAGUGUUGAUACAGGAAGCCAGGUUUGCAAUCUUGCGUGGAGUAAAAAUGUGAAUGAACUAGUAAGCACUCAUGGGUAUUCCCAGAAUCAAAUUAUGGUGUGGAAGUAUCCGUCAAUGGCAAAGGUUGCAACUCUAACCGGACAUAGCAUGCGAGUUCUUUACCUAGCAAUGUCACCUGAUGGACAGACAAUAGUUACUGGGGCAGGCGAUGAAACUCUCCGGUUUUGGAAUGUCUUCCCAUCCAUGAAAACACCGGCACCAGUAAAAGAAACAGGCCUUUGGUCACUAGGACGUACCUAUAUCCGUUGACACCCUUUGCGCAUACGAAACUAAAUAUUUUGCACUGGGAAAAAGGGGCUAAUUUAUGAUGUAUAUUAAUAUGAUACUGUAAAUUUAUCAGACACCAGACGUGCCGGAAGAAUUGGCAUGCAAUGAUUCUAUUUAUUUCCUCU